GAGCCAUACUCACAGGUCUUUGCGGAGGAAUACCGUGAGAGCUGUGCGGCGGUGCUUUGUCCUGCGUACCCGCCCCCAAGCAGCAGCCAGCCCUCCUGCUCUGUGGCGACCGUCCAUUUCCCUCUGUUCCCCCGUAGCGUUAGCAGACCCGCUGUUGGAACUCCGCACAGACAUGGCUGACCAACUAACAGAAGAGCAGAUUGCUGAGUUCAAGGAGGCCUUCUCCCUGUUCGAUAAAGACGGAGAUGGUACCAUUACCACGAAGGAGCUGGGCACUGUCAUGAGGUCACUGGGUCAAAACCCGACCGAGGCAGAACUCCAGGAUAUGAUCAACGAGGUGGAUGCUGAUGGCAACGGGACUAUCGACUUCCCCGAGUUCCUGACAAUGAUGGCGAGGAAGAUGAAGGACACUGACAGUGAGGAGGAGAUCAGGGAGGCAUUCAGAGUCUUUGAUAAGGAUGGAAAUGGCUACAUCAGUGCAGCAGAGCUGCGUCAUGUGAUGACUAACCUGGGAGAGAAGCUGACAGACGAGGAAGUAGACGAGAUGAUCAGGGAAGCAGACAUCGACGGGGACGGACAGGUCAACUACGAAGAAUUUGUCCAGAUGAUGACCGCCAAGUGAACUGGGCUCGCGUUAACGACAAAGAAUCCGUCAAAAGUUUCACUUACCUCUUAUUGCAAAAAUCUACAUUUAAUCAUACUGUUCUGUAUCAACAACUUAAACUGAAUGUUCAAAAUCUCAGAUCUGUCCAUAUUAAACAAGUUCACAAAAAGGAAAAAAAAAACAAAACUAACUGAAUCUGCAUGUACUGGCUUGUACCCCCACCUUUCUGUCCCACUCCCCUCUCCCAUCUCAGCGCCGAGCUGCCCAAUCAGAUCUCAACUCAACAGCCGAGCGGUCGCCGCGCAGCUGGCUUCCUGACGUCACUGCGAUGUUUCGGGACGGCCGUUCGCCUUUCUUCCUCGACUUCCUGUCUUCUUUCAUUUCUGUUCUUCAUGCAUGAGGCUUUUCGUGGGUUAGCGUCGAGAGCACAGCAGGAGAAAGCAGUCGGUGGUCCUCAGGUCGGCCUAGGAGGUGUUGGUUAGCUGAGCGAAGGAAGAGGCUUUUAGUUUGCUUACCUGAGUGAAGUCAGAUAUUUUUAAGAAAAGCAUAAAAAUAGAAUAAAUAAGAAGUCAUUUUAGAUCUUGUGUUUCGGGCAUGUCACUUUUCCUUCGUGUGUUCACCUUUUGUUCAAGGCGGGGUGACGAUUUUGAGCCAUGUUGGGCGGCGAGUGUGUCGUAGGGUUUCAGGGCGGUUGGUUAAAGAUGAUCGACGUACACAAGCAGCUUUUGAUGCAACAUUCAGUAAACAAAUGGUUUUAGAUUAACAGGAAGUGAUGAAAGAAAAUAAUGUCAUUGCCUCAAAUGCUGUGUGCGUACACGAGUUCACUUUAGUGGGGACGGGGGUCGGUGCUUUGCGGUGUUUCUAUCUUCUGUUUGUGCGUGUGCGUGCGUGCGUGUGGGUGUGUGUAUGGGUGCGGCGAGGCCCGGCCCAGUCCAGCUGUUCUGUUUGGUUCAGUUGAUCUGCAUUCCAAGAUGUACAUGCUCGUCUUUACAUUUUGUUUUUCCAAUAAAAACACAAACAUGAACUGAGAUGCCA